AUGGAGUCACAUUCAUAUGCUACUACUUCUUCUUCAUCUUCUUCUUCCUCCUCGUAUUAUCCUGAAGGCAAAGGGAAAGGAGGAACCAAACCACAGCCUUCUUCAUAUGAAUCCUCAAGAUCAAUCCAUGGUAGAGUUCCGAAACACAUGACUAAUAAGCUCCCAAUAGCUCCAUUCCCACGAACACCACCCAAGAUUUACAAGGUGGAAGCUGAGAAGUUUAAGGAAACUGUCCAAAUGUUGACGACCGCGCCUGGGUUCCAAUCCAACAACCCAGCUAGGCGUUUGCAGGAAGUGGCUCCUCCUCCUCUCAAUCUCAAGCCCAGAAAAUGUAGUCAUAAUAAUAAUGCGUUGAGUGAACACCAGAUAAUCAGAUCCGAAACAACGCUACAUGAGGGAGCUCGAGACAUCCCUCCGAUUCUAUCGCCCGGUUUUUCGGGUGACGGGUUUAGUCAACUCUGGGCGUUUAGCCCGAUUGGGUUCGGGCCUCUCUCGCCUUCUUCCCUUGCACACUGGGCAUCCAUUCUUCCCAGCCCUGGAACACUGUCGUCCCUAUAG